AUGCAUUACCCACAAUCGUUACGGUUCGGCCGCUUCCAUAUGGCAGCAGAAACAGCAUCCAACAGCAGAGAAAAAGCCAUCCUCAGCGCUUGCAGUAAAAGCAGCAGAAACAGUAACCGAAGCUGCACACGUCUACAGUAUUCGUCAAUGUGUUGGUUGGUGGCAGUUUGGGCGCUUUUAGUGGCUCUUGGCUGCUUACCACCCUCGGUUUGCGGGCUUCCCGAGGGUGGUGGGAACUAUCCGGUCGGCAAGUUCCCGUUCCUGAUGCCGAAGGUUGUCCCUUACAAGCCCGAACUCUACCUCUGCACGCCGGUCAAGGUGGACUACACGAAGAGCUACUAUAUCGUGGGCUUCGAACCGAACGCCACGAUGGCCACCGCUCACCAUAUGCUGCUGUACGGGUGUGGACAGCCCGGUUCCGAAUCGGCCGUAUGGAACUGUGGCGAGAUGUCGGGAGGUAGUGAGGAUAGUGGCAGUCCCUGUGGUAGUGGAGCUGCGUCCCAGAUUAUCUACGCGUGGGCCCGUGACGCACCGAAGCUGGAGCUACCGGAAGGCGUUGGAUUUAAGGUCGGCAAGGACUCGCCGAUUCAGUACAUCGUGCUGCAGGUCCACUACGCUCAUAUCGAUAAGUUCAAAGACGGAACCACAUCCGAUGACUCCGGCAUUUUCAUCCACUACACGACGAAACCACUGUCGAAGCAGGCCGGCGUAAUACUGCUCGGUACGGCCGGCUACAUUCCACCAAUGGCGACCGAACAUAUGGAAACGCUCUGCGACAUCCAAGAGGACAAGGUGAUCUAUCCGUUCGCGUACCGUACGCAUACGCACAGUUUGGGCCGAGUGGUUUCGGGCUAUCGGAUUCGGAAGGACGAAAGUGGAGCUGACCAGUGGACAUUGCUCGGCAAGCGUGAUCCAUUGACGCCACAGAUGUUCUAUCCGGUGGAAAGUCGUGAUCCGAUUCGAAAGAAUGACCGUCUCGCUGCACGCUGCACCAUGGAAAGCAAUCGGACGCGCAUCACGAGAAUUGGGGCGACCAAUGAGGAUGAAAUGUGCAACUUCUAUCUGAUGUACUACGUAGAGAACGAUGAGCCACUGCAUAUGAAGUAUUGUUUCAGCAACGGCCCGCCACUGUUCCGCUGGAGUAAUCGUGAAACGGAAUUAAAUCACAUUCCCGAUUACGAUGCCAGCCAUCUGUAG